CAUAAAAUCAGCUGAUCUCUAUCUGAUAAUAUUUAAGAAGAAGAAAUCACAGCUUUCACUUUCACUGAGGAGAUCAGUCAGAGAGCACCGGAGAAGAUGAACGCUAUGAAAGCACCACAACUGUACCAGAGCAUGAGAAAGAAGGAAAGGAAACCUGAUAGAAAGCAUGGCAGGUCAUCACAAGGAGAAGUGAGGUUUCUGCGCUGUGUAUCUGGAAACACUCUGGGUUCAGAUGAUGGAUUUAUAAGGAAGCUGAAAGAGGGAAUACCCGGCCUGAAGGAGGAGUUUAACGUGAAGAAUUGUGAUUUUAUUCUGGUUUUCUGUUCUGUUGUUUCUGGACGAAUAAUGAGCAUUAGAUCAGCUCUGCAGAAACUUCAGGACUUAUCAGAAUCCAAGACUGCAGUUCUGGUGGUUCUUCAUCACACAUUUGACCCGGAGUUCUUCAUAUCAGACAGCAGCAGAAGUAUGGACAGAGAGAAUACUCUGACUGUAGACUGUCUGUUUGAACAGGAUAGAGGACUUCUGAAGUGCCAGAGGAACCAGGAAGCUCUGGAGAAAGUUACACAGUGGAUAAAUAAUCCGGUAAAAGGACAGGAUGACCCACAGAUGGCUCAUUUAUUCAGGCUCAAUAAUCAACCCGAACCAACAACAGACACUGCAGAUGCCGUGGUGAGUAUUCAGUAUUCACUCAUUCUGAGCCCCUGCUGAACAUUUACAACAUUGCAGAACGAAUCCAGAAAUAAUCACCUUUCAUCUACUGUAAUAAAUUUCCUACAGAAAUUCUAACGAUAGGGUCUAGGGUCAGCUUAAAAGGAGACAUCUAAACCACUGCCUUUUACAUUUA